AGGCAGUGUUUGCUGCAAAGAUCAGAUGUGCUUUCCAACCUGCAGGCAGAGAAGCGUCUGCAAGGUAAAGGCAGAAAGUCUUCAGAUGGCUUUUCCAUGAGCAAUGUCAACACCGAGACGUCUUCCCAGAGGAUACAAUGGACCCUGCAGAGCCUCAUAGGUAUAUGCCUGUGCCCGGUACCGGUGAACCUGGCAGUCCAGAAGAAAGGUAUCUGUGCCGACUGUCUAGUGGAAUGACACUAGAAGAAUUCCAUCAGUGGCGAGAGGUAUUGAUGAUAAAUCCCACGGUGGCCAUGAACCCUUUACUGACAGCAUCAGGGCAGCAAAGGAUCCCACUGGUUCCCUCACCAUUUGAACCUCUGCCCGUGGAUAGAGAUGCAUUGCCCUCCACUGUGGCUCCAACUGAUCCAAGACAGUUUUGCAUUCCAUACCGAUUUGGAUCCUCUGUUCAACCAAAUGUAAAUAUGCCAAACAUGAUGUCCAAUCGUGUCUACUCAGGUUGGGGCAUUUUACCACCGGAAUCCGUAAAGGCCAUGGCCAGGAAGAAUGAAAUGAUCCAAAGGCAGCAUACUGCUAGGUUGGAAAUGGAAAUGCAUGCCAUCUACCAGCAAAGGAGAACAGACAAAGUGAAUCCCACAGGAUUUGCGGGCCUGGGGGUACCAUUCCCCUAUGGCUCCAGUAUCUCCAGUGGCCCAGCCACCUGCCAUGGCAGGAGCAUGCUCCCUACCGGUGACCUGCAUUUGCACAGACGCUCCCUGAGAAGUCUUCAUGGAAACCCCAUGCUAGUGGCAACUGGUCCACGCUAUCUAGAGGGCUGGGGGCAGAAAUGUCGUCAUCUCAGGAGAGGUACCGGGAAUCAGAAAGUUCUAGACAGUGAUAUUGAGAGUUCCAAAAGUCAAGCAGGAGAAAAAUCCGUAGGCCAGGUUCAUGUGAUUCCCUAUGAAGAGGAUGAGUAUGCCAAAGACCCAGAAACGGAAGCUCUCAGCAACCAGAAGUCAAGCGAAGCCAACGAGAAGCCAACUGCAGUUCUCACCAAUACCUGUAGAGAGUUAGAGCCCACCCAGAGAGAACCCUGGGGAACUCAUGAUGCAAAGGCCUGGGAUGGUGGGAGAGACAAGGUUUCAGAGCAGGUGUUUGCAGCCUGUGGUGAAAAGAACGGGGUUUACCCUCCAGUUCCUCAAACAUCUUUGCCAGGAACACAUGUACUGGUUACAAGAGGGGAGACUCUGUCUGUGGGUGAGGAUAUUCAGAAGUGGAGUGUGAGUGAUGUGCACAACUUCAUCCGUGGCCUUCCGGGUUGUUCAGACUACGCUCAGGUAUUUAAAGAUCAUGCAAUUGAUGGAGAAACUUUGCCAUUACUCACAGAGGAGCAUCUUCGAAGCACUAUGGGGCUAAAGCUAGGGCCAGCACUAAAGAUCCAGCUGCAGGUAUCUCAGCAUAUGGAAAGUACAUUCUACAAGAAAAGUUUUUCACUUCCUACCCACACAAAACAAGCGUUUGAUCAACCAGCAGCCACGUCCCUUCUUCUGGAUUUUAAUUCCUGGGGUGACACAGUGGACAGGACCUGUUCGCAGGAUACAGUAAUUCCUAAAGGAAUGGAGCGAGAUAGUAUGAAAAACUAAAACCCUCAAGAAGCAAGAACAGUCUUAGUUUUCCAAAGUCUAGGGUAUUCUGAAGGGUGUGUGAGGGCCUCCUGGGACCAGGUGGAAGCAGAGAGAGAGAGAGAGAGAGAGAGAGAGAGAGAGAGAGAGAGAGAGAGAGAGAGAGAGAACGCCCCAGUCCUCCCAAAGUUGUCUUGGAGGAGGCCUUGCCCAAGAGGACUCCGGAGGUGACCUCAGCACAAGGUGACUGAAGGCAAAUUCCUGAAAGCCCAAGCUAAAUGCAGGAGAGAAUGUGCAAACACUAACAAAAACCACAGGUGGAUGUUUCCUUAAGAAAAAUUCUGAAGAAGCCAAAACAGCUGAUACUGGGGGCUGGGGAAUGGGACCAGCUCCUUAACCUCUCUUCACUCAUUUCCCAGCUCCCAGAAAGAGACAAAGACAGA